CUGAGGGGGUGGCACAAGUGGCCUCAGGAUCACCCUCUACCCGCUGCCCGGGGCAGGAGCCGGGGUGCUUUGGCUCGGGACCGGUGCUGGGCUGGGAGGAGAAGGCUCCAUGCUUCAGCCGUGAGUCACGGAGCCGCUUGUGCCGUGCGUCCCGGAGAGGCUCCGCCGCCCCCCGCACCCCGCCCGUGCCGCUGCUGACGGAGUUUCGGGGGGAAGGUGGGRGGGGUUCCCUUCCCUGGGCAGCGCUCGAGAGGUGCCGGGGUUUUGGGGACCUCAGACCCUGCCGGGGUCCCCGGGGCCGUCCCCCCGCCCCAACGCGGAACUUUUGGGGUGCCGGAGGCCGCCACCCCCAUCCGCCCGCGAAGCUCCCUCCCCCGGGCUCGCCCCUCUUUCCCCCCGCUGGCCCCGGCAGGGCGAUGGCGGGGGCGGAAUCCCGGGAUCCGAGGGGUCGGGACGCGUGGAAUCCCGGGCCUCGAGGGGUGGGAUGCCGGGGCAGGGAUGCCAAGGGGAGGGCGGGAUGCCGGAGUCGGGGGCGGGAUGCCGGAGCCGGGCCGGGCGCUCGGGGCUCUCUCCCGGGCCGCUCCGGCCCCGGCGCUCCGGGCCCGCCCGGCCAAAGUCCCUGCGCCAUGAGCGGGGCCCCGGGGAGCCGCCGCCCGACCUUCCCCAGGCUCCCAGGUAGGGCCGGGGCCGGGGGCCGGGGGUCUUUGGGGGGGCUGGGGGCGCUCGGAGCCCCAGACCCAGUGCCGGUCCCCGCAGGAGAGCGGGUGCUUGAGGAGGCGGCGGGCGCCCGGCAGCGCUGCGGGAACGGCGGCGGCUCCGUCCCGGGGACGCUGCUCUGCACCAACCGGCGCAUCGCCUUCCUGCCCGGCCAGGCCCCUGGCUCCCAUGGUCUCCUCCACUCUGAGAAYGAGGUGGCCCUGCCCUGCAUCCACAAGCUGGUGGCAGCCAGCAGCUUCUCCAAGCCCAAGGUGCUGACGGCCGGCUCCACCCUCAAGUUCAUCCCUGAGGAACUCGCCAUCUUCUGUCGCGAUUUUCGCCUGCUCCGCUUCUGCUUCCCCGAGAACGGGCUGGCUCCGCAGGCAUUCCGGGUGGCCAAUGCCAUCGCACGGGCACGGGAGGCGGCUGCGUGGCUGGGGGAUGCUGCUGAGGGACACGAGGGCUGGUCCUGCCCUGGCGAGGCCUCCCCAGAGGAGGAGGAGGAGGYGGAGGGUGAGGAGGAAGGCUCAUCCCCCGUGCUGCUCUUCGAGAGCCUGAGGGACUGGGAGAAGGAGCUGCAGCGUCUCGGAGCUGCGGGCUGGAGGGUGAGCGCCGUCAAUGAGCGCUUUGACAUGGCCCCCAGCCUCCCCCAGUACCUGUGGGUGCCCAGUGGGCUUCUGGACCACGACCUCAAGCGAACCUUUGCCCACUUUCAGGAGCGACGGGUACCUCGCCUGUGCUGGCACCUCCUGGAUGGGGGGGACCUGCUGAGAGCCGCCAGCUUUCAUGUGGCCUCAGAGCCAGGCAGUGAGGACGUGAGGUGCCUGGAAGCGCUGCUGCUGGGGGGCCGCGGGCCCUGCGUGUUGGCUGACACUGCCGAGCUGCCCACGCUCGCYGACAUCCAGCUCGCCCACCUGAGGCUGCGGGCACUCUGUCUGCCUGGCGCGGCAGCAGAGGAGAAGUGGCUCUCAGCCCUGGAGGGGACGCGCUGGCUGGACCAUGUCCGCACGUGCCUGAGAAAAGCUGUGGAGGUGGUGUCACUGCUGGCAGGGAAACGCUGCUCCGUGGUCCUGCAAGAGCCCUCGGACCGGGACCUGAACUGCCUGGUGGCCUCUCUGGUGCAGCUCCUGGGGGACCCCCACGCCCGCUCCCUGCCUGGCUUCCAGAGCCUGGUGCAGCGCGAGUGGGUGGCAGCCGGACACCCCUUCCCACGCCGCCUGGGGCUGCUGUGCCGGGACAGCCCUCGGGACGAGGCCCCCGUGUUCCUGCUGUUCCUGGACUGCACAUGGCAGCUCCUCCGGCAAUUCCCGGCACAUUUCGGCUUCACYGAGGCUUUUCUCCUGGCGCUCCACGACAGCAGCUUCAGUCCCUACCUCAGCACCUUCCGCUUCAGCUGCCAGCGCCAGAGGGGCCACGGCAGCUCGCUCCAGCUCCCCAGGCAGACGUACCGGCCCGUGGGGGGCUGGCAGGAGCCCGGGGGGCGCAGGGGGAGCCCCCCGAUCUGCACCCUGCCCUCGGUCUGGGCCUGGGGGCUGCGCUCCACUCGGCAGCAGCGGCGGCGAUUCCGGAACCCUGCGGGACCCCCCGGCCCUGCUGAGCCCUGGGCCCCGGGCAGGCCUGGAGAGCCCUGCCCGUGCUGGCAGGCCGGGCCGGUGCUGGCGCUGGCCAAGGGCUCCUUGUGCCCCCAGCCCCUGCCCUGGUGGAACCGCGCUCCCCUGCAGCCCCCGCAGCGGCUGCCCCCUCCAGAACGCGGGGGGACGCAGGGGGGGCUCCUGGGGGGCUCUCAGCCUCCCCCRGGGCUGCUCCUGCCCUGCACCUCCGGGCCCUGCGUCCAGCUCUGGCACCGCUGCUACCUCAGGGGGCUGCCCCAGGAACAGGUACUGGGGAAACUGAGGCACACGGGAAGACUGGGGCCAGGGGGUCCCRGUUUGGGGGAUCCCAGCUUGUCCUGCUGCUUGGGCUGGGGUGAGGCUGGAGCCGGUUCAUGUCUGUCCAACCAACCCUAGCUGUGUGUCCAGUGGGAGGGAUGGAGGGAUGGACAGGGA